GGAGCCCCCCACUAGGGCGAAAACAGCGCCACCGGAGGCCGGCACCCUCCUAUUAGCGUGACAGAAGCAAAGGCCCUCAUCCAGAGGGUCGGGAUCACUGCGGAGCAGUUCAAGGAGGUGAUGAUGGCCUUGACCCCGAACUGCGAGGUAGUGGUGGAGGACGCAACUGGAGAACCCGCAGUAGGGAAGGCUAGACCUGCGGGCUUAGGGGGAAAAAAGAAGAAGAAGGUAAGGCGGUCCCAAAAGAAGAAGGUGACCAAGCCCAACGGGAAAGCAAGGGUGGAGGAUGAACUGUCCAGACUGGACGAGGAAGAUGUAUCGUCCUCCUUUGAGCGGGCGUCAGCCUUCGAUCGGUUGGGGGACCCCAAGUUAAAGAAGCCCCGAACCUCAGCGUUCGAGCGACUGCAGGACACACGGUCGGCUCGCAAGGGCGACUUGAGAGAGACACUCAAGGAGAGGAGAGGAGAAUCCUCAGCGACUUCCAAGAUCGGCUCGGAAGAGCGACAAAAGGCGAUCGAGGACAAGGAAGCGGUCGAGUUGUGGAGGAUGUACGAGCGACUGGAGAAGCGGCUAGACGCCCAAAACCCGUACCGCCAGGCGGUCUUCAGCGAGGUAACGCCCUUCUCCAGAAGGAUAAUGUGGGAGAAGGAGACUAGGGACGUUCAAGGGGCGGAUGACCAGGCCCUGAUCGCCAUCCUCCACGCUGCACUCCCCCAAGGGGAUGUGCGCAAAGAGUUGCAACGGAAUCCACUCUCGACCUACCAGGAAAUGCUAGCCAGGGCGAAGUAUCUGGCACUGGAAGAAAAAGAUGACGAGCCACCUGUCCGGAAGGAGAAGAAGAGUGGACAGCCAGUGGCAGAAGGAAGAAAGAGGAAAGAUUUUGGUAGGGGGGCAAACCCUACAGGUCACCAGGCGAGCAGACAGCCUGUCCAUGCGGUACAAUCCUUACCAGCCCCUCCCCGCAGUCGGGAAAGCUAUGGCGUCCAAGACACGCCCAAGUACUGUGAAUACCAUCGUAACAGCACCCACAACACAUCGGAGUGCAUUACGUUGAAAAAGGAAAUGGACCAGCUGAUCGCCAGAAGACUGCCCCCUCGGCCGCAGCGACCAACGUCAGGGAACCGGACCUGGAGGAGACCGGCGGCCCCCGCUGCAGCGAUCACAGUAGGGGAUGGGCAAGAGGAUGGAAGAGAUUGUGACGACCUGGAUUAGGAAGAGAGGCAGAAUCGCCGACAUCUAGGGUGUCGGUUCAUUAUGGGUGGCAAUACCGGAGGGGACUCGGCGUCCUCACGAAAGAAGUGGAAGAACAUGGUGCAUCUAGCCGAGGUGCAAAGACCACCGCUGCCCAAGCGAAAGAAGAAGGAACCUCUGAUCUUCAGAGACGAAUAUUACCUGCCAGUUCUCAGCCCCCAUCGGGACGCACUGGUGAUAAAGGUGGAGAUCAACAAUGUGGUCGUCCACCGCACUUUGGUCGAUACUGGCAGCUUAGUCAACAU